GGGGCAGGCAGGUGUGGGGGACUCCCUGGUCCUGAAUGGGGCAACUGUGCCCCUGAAGGAGCAGGUGCGCAGCCUGGGAGUCAUUUUCGACUCAUAGCUGUCCAUGGAGGUGCAGGUUAAUUCUGUGUCUAGGGCAGCUGUUUAUCAGCUCCAUCUGGUAUGCAGGCUGAGACCCUACCUGCCCGCAGACUGUCUUGCCAGAGUGGUGCAUGCUCUAGUUAUCUCCCACUUGAACUACUGCAACACGCUUUAUGUGGGGCUACCUUUGAAGGUGACCCAGAAACUACAACUAAUCCAGAAUGUGGCAGCCAGACUGGUGACUGGGAGUGGCCACCGACACCACAUAACACUGGCCUCGAAAGACCUACAUUGGCUCCCGGUACAUUUCUGAGCACAAUUCAAAGUGUUAGUGUUGACCUUUAAAGCCCUAAAUGGCCUUGGCCCAGUAUACCUGAAGGAGCGUUCCACCCCCAUCGUUCUGCCCGGACACUGAGAUCCAGCAGCGAGGGCCUUCUGGUGGUUCCCUCACUGCAAGAAGCCAAGUUACAGGGAACCAGGCAGAGGGCCUUCUUGGUAGUGGCACCCACCCCAUGGAACCCUGACCCCUUCAGAUGUCAGAGAAAAACAACUACCUGACAUUUAGAAGACAUCUGAAGGCAGCCCUGUUUAGGGAAGUUUUUAAUGACUGAUGUUUUAAUGUAUUUUUAAUUCCCCAGAGUGGUACAAAUAAUAAAUUAUUAUUAUUAUUAUUAUUAUUAUUAUUAUUGAGAGGGCAAUGCAGAAGGGAGAAAGGAACUCUGGGAAAGGGGUAUUUUCCAUCACCAAUAUGCCUCCAGGUAUUUUGUGCUAAUCUUCCCUAUAUCAUUCCAAAUUUAGUAUAUGUGCUGCUGAAGCAAUUUGCCCCCAAUACCCUUUCAUUGGCUGGCUUCAGAAAUGAAAGAACAAACCAACGAACCAUUCUUGAACUGAGCCUUUAAGCUAUUUCUUGUUCUGCUGUGAUGGCAGAAGAAGACAUGAGGGGUGCUCACAGUGUGGUCCCUCGGGCUGCAGAAUUUCUUUUGAUGGCCCUUACAGCAGCAGCAACAACAACAACAACUACAACAAUCUGUUUGCCUCACUAGCCUGCUCCUUCAUAACACAUUGCUAUGUAUGUCUGUCUGGAUGUAAGGCACACUGAGCUCAAUGGGAUUUAAUUUCAGGUGCCUAGGAUUGCAGCCUUAUUCUGCUUCCUAUUUUGCUGCAAUGGCAGAUGAAGAAGUGGGAGGAGGUAACCUGCUAGAGCACUACAGUAAGUUGGGGUGAUUUUCCUUUUCUGCCAUUGGAGGAAUGUGUGUCCUAAUCAUAUGAUUCAGAUCAGAUCAUGGUUUUACCUGGAACUAAGUUGUAUUCUCCUUGGGAGAAAGGUGAUGGCAAACCAAGACAGCAUCUUAAAAAGCAGAGACAUCACCUUGCCAACAAAGGUCCAUAAAAAGCCAUGGUUUUCCCAGUAGUGAUGUAUGGAAGUGAGAGCUGGACCAUAAAGAAGGCUGAUCGCCGAAGAAUGGAUGCUUUUGAAUUAUGGUGCUGGAGGAGACUCUUGAGAGUCCCAUGGACUGCAAGAAGAUCAAACCUAUCCAUUCUUAAGGAAAUCAGCCCUGAGUGCUCACUGGAAGGAUAGAUCCUGAAGCUGAGGCUCCAAUACUUUGGCCACCUCAUGAGAAGAGAAGACUCCCUGGAAAAGACCCUGAUGUUGGGAAAGAUUGAAAGAUUGAGGGCACAAGAAGAAGGGGAUGACAGAGGACGAGAUGGUUGGACAGUGUUCUCGAAGCUACAAACAUGAGUCUGACCAAACUGCGGGAGGCAGUGGAAGACAGGAGUGCCUGGCGUGCUCUGGUCCAUGGGGUCAUGAAGAGUCGGACACGACUAAACAACAACAACAAGUUGUAUUAUUGUGGAGGAAGGAUGAAACAGGACAGUAGUGUCCCAAUACGGAUGCAAAGCUCCAUCCACAUGCAUGUAAAUUUUAUGAGUCUUCUAUGGACCAAAGGAUAUAACAGAAAGGUGUCGUUGACUGCCAGCUCUCCAACAUUAGCAAAACAGCACAGUGGUAUCACCAUCAUCAUUUAUUACUUGCCUUUCCCGCUAAGGUCCCAAGGCAGGUUGCAACAAUUUAAAAUACAACACACUGAAAACAAACUUACAACCACAAAAAUAAGAUCUAAUAAAACAUAACACAAUAUUUAUAUUACAUUUCUGCCUUACACAGGAACAUGCUGAUAGUCCUCCCAAAGUCAACUGGUGCUUGAUUUCCAAGUGCUUCAAAAAGGAGUAAAAAAUCGGAGUACCUGAAAGUUCAUUAAAAGUAUUGGAGAGCUGAAGGGAACGAGAUCAAAUGAGGUGGAGCAGAAAGCUUAGGAAAUAUACAGCACUUGGAUGUCUCAUGAAUAAGUAGUCAGACCUUGAGACAGAUGGAGAAAAGAAAGGAAGCUUGAUUUGAGCUUAUUUGCACGGCAGAAACAGGCCCAUUAUGCAGCCUGCCUGAGCAGGCUUCUUUACGAAACGUACGCACAUUUGUAACAUUUUACAUUUGGUUUAAUAAUUUAUCAACCUUCAAUAUUUCAAAAGAGUGAAGUAGAAAAUCAGAUAAAAUUUUCAUACCAGCUAUUAGAAACUGAAUGGAGAGGAUCUAACCAUUCAUACUAGUGCAGGUAGCAGCUGAAAGUCACCGCCCUUAAAAAAAACUUUUCACUGUCAUGCAUUCUAUCAGCGGUUCAUUUUCUUUUUACAAUCCCACUGGGCACAGAGCAAUUACGAGGGGUUAAUGACAAGCGCAAGUCCUUAGGUUGUCUCUCAGGCCCCGAGCUCAUGCUAUGCAGUUAUUUCCUCCCCAGCAGUGCCUGUUACCCAGGGUCAGUGUUACCUAAUUACAGUGGCCCCUAUUGCUAAAGCUGCAGGUGUCCUGCGGCUUCCUGGCAUCACAUCUCCUUGCAGAAACUUCAAUUGAACAUCAACUGACGAAAACACCACCAUUUCUGUUUUCUUUUACACUCUAAUUUUUUUUUGGUGGUGGGGAUUUAUUGCUUUUACAGUACAGUUGUUCUUGUCAUGCUCCCAUCCCGAAACACAAUGACAGCUGCUCAUACUUGAGAGUAAGGCAGAGGUUUUUAUUCAGGCUACUAACAGUAUAAGUUCAGCAGGAAGCACUGGGUCCAGCAAUCAUGAUUCCUAGGUAUGAAAGCAAAGCAGUAGAUGCAGACAGGGGUGCCAAGUUGGAUAAGCCAACUUGUGGAAGCCCAGGUAAGCCUCGCUCCACAUAAUUGUUCGCAUGACGCAGUGCACACACACUAUUUGAAUGGGAAUGCCCAUCAACUUUGUGGGGGCCAAGCUGUUAAAGACGAGGCAGGGCAAGUUUAUUUCCAAGACUCUCUUACCCAAUGGGACCACCACACGUUGAAACACACACCUGAGCUGGUGUGUCUGAUCCCACCUAAGGAAGUGGUGCCUGGUUCUUGAUGGCAAGGCUGUGUCUUGCCUUACUGACUCCAGCUUCGCCUCCUCCUGCUCAGUCUGUCCCACAGGGUGCUCAAAGCCUUACCCCUUUCUUGAUGAGGCUAUGCGCUCUUCAGGAGGGGCAAUAGAGAGAACUGGCAGAGCUGCAUGGGAAGUGGGGCCUGGUUUGGCCAAUUUGCAAGUGAAUGGGGAGUGCAGUUUGGGUGAUGUGUAGGGGAGGGGGUUGAGGGAUGUAAGGGGAGGGGCUGGGGGAGUUUGGUGAGGUGUAAAGGAAGGGGGUGAGCAGGAUGUAAAGGGAGCGAGUGGCAGGUAAGGGGGCUUGGCGAGCUCUGUGAGCAGGGGGUGCAGCCCUAGUUUAUUUUAAAAUAUGUCUAUGCUGCCUUUCAGCUAGGAUUUCCACGGUGAUGUUUAGAAAAAUCAGUGACAAUGCAAUCCUUUAGACACCUACCCAAAAGUUAGUUGCAUUGAACAUGAAGGCAAAGUGCAAUUGGAGAGGAGGGUUUUGGAUGGGAAAAUGGUGCAAGACUAGAAUCCAGACUUGGAAUAUGCUUCUGACCAUACACUGUGGCUUUUCCUUCAAGGAAAAAUUAAAUGGGAAUUAUUUCCACAGAAAUGUGUUUCAUUUCCCUUAGAACUAAGUACUAACACCAUAAACUCAAUGUUAUCUGUUACGCAGUGCAGUCCUCUGCAGGCGUACUCAGAAGUUAAGUCCCACUGUGUUCAUCUGGGCUUACUGUCCACAGGGUUGUUGCAGCCUAAUUAUCAGAAAGGGACCAUUUACAUAUUCAUACCUAAACACACACGGAAAUAUGUGUCUAUGGGAAGAGGAAGGAGAGAGAAUAUGGAGAGUGGAUGGCUCACAGUGGGAACAGUGACAUGGCGUUUGGCCAACAUAAUGGGGAACAAUGAGCAUUAUCAUACUUUUAUAAUAUAUUCAGAGAACACUCCCACGUCUCACAAUUUUCAAUAAGAAUAUGUGACCAUUGAAUAACAAAGUGUUCCUUACGAAGCAGAACAAUAACAUAUCAUCUGUCUAAGCAGGGCAAUUUCUGCAGUGGUGCCCAUUUUAUAGAAUGUCUGCCUGGGGAAAUUGGCUAAGAACAUCUUCAUGAUUUUUAUCUGCUGACAGCUUUCCCAGCAUUUGGCUGAAUCCUACUGCUUGCUGUUGGGUUAUUUUAUGCAACGUUUUAAUCUCCUGUUUAUUUUUAUCACAUUGUAUGUACAUUAGUAUGUGAGAACCCUUGAACAUUGAUUUUUUUUCUUAAUGGAGGAAAACCAAGGCAACAUCUUCAAUAAGGAUGAUAAUGAUAAUAAUAUCAUCACAGUCUUAAAUCCCUUGGGGAGAUGUUUCAUGAACUUCAGGAGAAAUUAUAAGCAAAGAAGAAUGCACUGGAACACAGACUCUUAAAAUUGGGGAAAUAUCUUCAGUUUUUAUUUUUUCUGAUCAUUUCACCCCAUUUCCAGUUGGUAAUUUCUUUCUUCCUUUUUUUUUAAAAAAAAUUGUCAUGAAAAUUUGUCAGCAUUUUGGUAUGGAGUUUUGGCUAAUGCAUCUAUUUUGAAAGCAAUUUAUCCAAAUAUGAUGCAUUUUUGUAUAUUCAUCAGUGUACACACCUUUCCCCUUCAUUUAUGCAUUUUUGUACACACUGUUUGUUGGAGAACUGCAUUACAAAACAUGUGAAUGUCAAAUGAUAGCUGUGUUUUAGUCCACAGAUUGAUUCGGGGAAGGGCAAUUUAAAGAAGUUUGCAUUCUAAUGCAAACAGAACUGCAUUUCUUCCCUUUGCCACACUUCUAUAAUUUGUGCAUGUCUGUUUCUGUGUGGAAGUUUAUUGGAUGCUGUUUCCAUUUCACAGUCCACUCCUCUCUACUUAUGAGCCUGCGAAGGACCAGGACAUUAUCUCAGAUUCUAUUUAAACCAGCUGAUGCUGUGCUGACAGGCUUCCUGAUUGCUCAAGGAGUUUACGACAGGGAGUAACUCCAAUCCCCCAAGAGAAAUUCAGAUUCAUUCUCUUGCUUCUUGCAGCUGCUCAUCAUCCCAACCCACCCAUUCAGAGCAGAGUUUAGAUCUUAGCAUCUCUCUUCUUCUCUCCUGCUCCACAGGGUAGGACCCAAACCCAUCAUAAAAUAAUAGAAUUGUAGAAUUGGAAGGGACCCCAAGCAUCAUCUAAUGCAAUGCCCUGUAAUGCAGGAAUCACAACCAAAGCAUUUGUGACAAAUGGCCAUCCAAUCUCUUCUUAAAAACCUCCAAUGAACAAUAGAACCUCUUCUAAUUCAGCAUAAUGGAGUGUUUUGUCAUAGUUGUGUAUAGAGAGAAGGGAUUGUUGUGUAGUGUUAGAGGAAAAAGCUGGGCCUGAUGAUAUUGCUUCUUCUGCACAAUGAGCAAAGGUGCAGGUGCAAAUGUCUUCCUUUGAAUCUGGUCACUCUAGUCAUAUAGACAAUGACUCUAGAUGAGCACCACAUUCUGCAAGGUAAAGGUAGGUGUAAACAGCAGAAAGAUGAUUAUGGUUGCAGGUGGGCUGUAUUUCUCCUCUCCGUGGACUUUUUCAGACAAGAGGAUUUCUGUCUUCAUGAGCAUCUGGCAAUAUUAAGACUCUUCCUCUAGAUUCUGCCUUUCUUGCGUGAAGAGGAAAAGAAGUUCUAAUAACUAAAUGCAAUGGCCUGAGCUUACCUGUUCGGAACUUUAAGUAGUAACUAGUUAGAAAGUUAGAUCAUAAAACAUUAAAAAGACAUUUUUAAGCAGCUCUGGAUGCUUUUAUAGUUGGGAUGGGGUUCACUUUCAAUUUCCAACACAAAAUGGCAUAAAUAAAAUAAUAACCAGUAUGACAUUUUAGAGAAAAUUGGAGUGCAGUGUAAAGGCCACAAUGGAGCUCUUUCCUUUUUGGGCUCUGUCUAAAUUUUUUAAGAACUAAAACUAAAAUCACAUCAGCUGUCUCUGGAGUAUAGUGCACAGCCCUAAUUCACAAUCUAGUUUUUUUCUCUCUCUUUAAAAGAAAAAUAUAUUUAGGCUACAAUUCUGUAAGCACAUAUAUGCUAGUAAGCUCCUCUGAACACAGGGGAACAUACUGCAGAGUAACUACGCAUAAGAUUGUGCUGUUUGUAAGAGAAAUAUUUAGGCAUUCUACUCGUGUAAAAACAACAUCUGAGCAGGGAUGAACACCCUAUGCUGUUUCCUGUGCCUGAGUCGUCUGAAUGUCUGAAGCAGGGAGCCUCCUUUGUAGUUUAGAUCCUGAUCUUCUAGGGUUCUAAAUUAUGUAAUGAGAGACAGGUCAACUAAUUGCAAUUAGGCACCAUUUCUGUAACAUUUAUUAAAGCACAUGCAUAGCUAGUUAUACGUGUAUAAUAAGCUGUCCUAAACAUUCAUAGUCAUAUAAGAAUAAGGUCCACUAUUUGACUGCUGAUGUAGGAAUCUAACCUGUGUUUUAUAUAAUCGACUUUUUAUUUUGUUCUGUGUAUACUGCAAUGCUCUUUUGUUGCUAUGGCUGAUGCAAAUAAAGUUUGUUUCAUUCAUUCAUUCAUUCAUUCAUUUAUUCAUUGUCAUGGUCACUUUCAGGCAAGGGGUGACCAAUUGCUUGAGAGUGUGCUGUUUGCUGAUGGAGGCUUCUCUAAGACCACUUCCUCAGAUAGUGCCUUCUGCAUUCCAAAACUCUGUCCCAAUUCAUCGGAAGAGUGUUGACGUCAAACACUGUCCUGGGCAUUGACAUCCAAAUAUUGCACCUCCCCCUCAGUCCUCAGUCAAGAUUGAAACAUGGCAUGCCAUCUUUGUUGUCUGUGCAUUCAGCAUGUUUAUGACUGGUGUCCUCCAAGAUGGAGCUGUUUGUGCCUGAUAAGCAUUUCUGAUGUUCUUUGGAACGAGUGUCGAGCUUAUGGUGUUAGUUACCCUGCCCACCUGUCAGACAGAGCUGGCUAAAAAUGUUCCCCACCUCUAGUGUAUAGCCUUAAUAAGCAAACAUUUUCUCAAAUUCUAGCUUUAAUUGGAAAUAUUCUUAACAAGUCUUAACAUUACAUAUAAGUAGAAUGCCUGUGUACAUGCUAAUCCAUCCUAUCCUAUAAAUGAAAUUAUAUCCAAAUCACUAAAUAUGCCAAUUCCUAGUUUUGGUUUAGCUUACAGGGCAGCUCUGUUUUGUAUAGGCCUGACCUUUUAAAUCAAAUGGUAUCCUCUUCAACGAGGGUCCUGGUAGCGCGCGGGUCCCUGAGACAACCCCCGCCAGGUUGAAGGUGCUGGCCGUGGCCCAGGCCUUGUCUGUAUGGCCCCACAAUCACACCAGGCCGUUUGAGCCAAUCAGUGCAGGUGGCAUGAUUGGUGGGGGCCUAUAAAAGUGGCAGCAUGAUGUGGGGCUAGGGGCAUGCCAGGACCACAGGAACCCCGGGGUGAGCUUCGGUUGAUCUUCAUCGAUGUUGCUCCCUCGUUUGGUGUUUACCCUUUCAGACUACCAGCCAGAGAGGCAGGAGUCAGUUAUAGUCUGUUGCCAAUGCCUAAGCCAAUACCGCUCACUUUGCUGUAAUCAAUAAAGUUGUGGCCUAAAUUUUGCACAUUAACUUAAGCCAAAAUUACAUGUCAGUGUGAACUUAUUUACUUGGGGAAGGGCUUGGGGGCCUCGGGGCACCAUUGAAAUCUUAUGUUCAGAUUCAUACUAAGCUAUAAUGUUUCCUGGUUUGUUUCUGGAUGGAUUCAUAUGUCAAGUUGCUGCAAUGCAGUCAUCUGGAUUGUUCCAGGGAUGCACACCUGCUGGUCCUUCUGAAGUUGGUCUCCAAUUCGCAUCAGUCCCAGCCAGCAUGGCCAAUGGACACAGAUGGGAGUUGGGGUCUAAAAACAUCCACCUUGUACCUGAUGUAGACUCUCUAGUUCUCAUCAUUAUUGCUGCAUGACUUCUUCCUGUUAGUUUCUGGCAGCGGUUCCUAUGGUUUGCCUUCCCAGGCGAGGUCCAUUAGGCACUAUAACUAUACUGCUUCAAGCAGUUGCUGAAGACCUGGCUUUUAAAAAUGAAAUUUGGUUAAUUGCAUAUUUUCUCUUUUUAUUUUGCUGGAUCAGUUCUGUGUUAUUUUUGUUCAGCAGAAUUGGAAAUGGUCCAUUUAUAGACUUGAAUGCAUAUUGGUUGUUGUUGUUUUUUUAAAGGAGAUUAGGUUUGUUCUGUUCAGUUUUGUUAGCCGGUUGAAUCUCUAUGGAGAAAUAGGUGACAUUUUACUAAAAAACAAAACCCCCCAGUUAAUCAAUUAUUUAAGGGCACAUGUAAGAUAGCCAUCACAUGUUUUGAAACCAGCUUUAUGUCAACUAGCAUUAUGCAAUGCUCUGUAAAGAAUGAGCUGAAUUCUUUACACAGCACAUGGCAAAAUGCAAUAAGAAAUGCUUUGAUUUUGUUAGAUCAUUCCUUGCAUUUAAUAUCACAUGUUUAAUAAUUUAUUUUAAUAAUAGAAAAACAAGCUGCCCUUCACUCCCCAGAACAUCAUUUGAAAUACUCCUGUUCCAUUUAAAAAAAAUGUUAUUUUUUUAAAAGUGAAGUUAUGAAUUUGAGCUCUCCUCAUCAAGGAGAGGAUGUUGGAGUUUUCAUAAGGGCUGAUAAACUUAGUUUAUUAAUUGUUACUGCUCACUAUGAUAUUAGAAGUUGGGGGAAGAAUCUGGAAAUUUGAAGGGACUUUUCACUGAUGCUUGUAAGAUAUGUCCCAGUCUAUCCAUCUAAAAUAUUAAUGCAUCCCAGAAAAGAAAAAAGAGAAAAAUCUUCAUGCUCAUAGGAUAAAGACAUUUUCAUUUUAAAAAAUGGGGAAGUGAUAUGAUUUCUUCCCCAUCAAUCCCUGAAGCAAAGUACAAGAUGAAAAUGUUCCACUAGCAAAUAUCAAGCCUACAAGGUAAUUUGAGGCUACCUCAACUUUUGGUCAAUAAUAAUUCUUUAUGAUCUGAGUUUCUCAAACUUUCUGAACUUGCUUUUUCUACCUCUAACUGUCCUCUACUUCUGUGUUGUCUGUUAUACCUUAGGGCUUGUCCAGACUUCCGCUUUCCCCAUGCCUAGAAAACAUGGGUCCGAGCCUUUUGCCUUUUCCCCACUCCUUUCCCCUGAAAAGCCCACUCUUUAGUGCUAAAUCACAGCCAAUGUCAAUCUGGAGAAAACCUUUGACGUUUGCUCAUUUCCCCAGGAGUAAGUGCCGGGGCAAGGUGAAGUGUGACUGAACUCUUAGUAACUAAAAUCAGGCUCCACACACAUAUUGAUAACUGGUUUUUAUUAACACUCUUUGAAUACAGCUCCUUGGCAGGAUUUCUCCCAGACCAAGGAGGUGGAGGAGUCUGGAGACUUGACCCACACAUGAUACCUUAGAUCCCUGGAUGUAAUGUUUAACUAUGCUCUCACCAUGCCCACUCCACUAACUCAGGUUCAAAUGAAUAGCACAGGUUCACAGCUAUUAAAGAAGGGUACAGGCCUACAGGUAAAGACCACUUACCUCCUUCAGGUACAAUGGAAGUUGAGGCCUGGAGCAACAUCAGGGAGCCAAGUGCAGGAAGGAGGGUGAUCCAUUGUUCAUGCAGGCGGCUCAUCUUUGACCUUGGCCAGCCAAGGGGGCUCUAAGGAUUGCCUGCUCCAUUUUGGUUUGAACUGGCCAAUCAUGGCCUUUGGAAGGAAGAGCCAAUCCAGUUUCUAUGCUGGCUGUGCUUGGUGUGGGCAACAUGGUUGGCUGGUGAACAACACGCCCCUCACAAGUUUCGGCUGCAAGCAGGCAGCGCACAUGUAUGGCUUUGCUGUGGGGCUAAUCAGUCACCACAUUUGGGGCCAGGAAGGAAUUUGCUUUCAGACAUAUUGGAUCUUUCUGUGGGUUUUGCCUUCCUCAUAGCAAUUGUCACAACUUUGGUGGGAAAAGGCAUUGGGUUGGAUUCAUAGCUAAGUGCUGGAGUGAGGGAUGGGGUGGAGCCCCACCCACCCACAGAUCAGGAUCAAAAUUCAGAAUUUGUUGGUAAAAGGGUCCAGAGGGAAAGUUCUGUUUAGUGGUACAGAUGGGGGUCAUCAGGCCACAGAUCACAGAACACCCUAUUUGCGUUCUGGCAGAACUGCCUAAAUUGAUCUGCGUCAUGGGGAGAUCUCUGAACCCAGGACUGAUUCUGAAUAAGAGAUUAUGAUUUGUGUGAGUUUCUAUAGUUAUUUACUGAAGAAAGGUCACUGCUUAAGAGCAUUCUGAAUAUCAUGUAAAUCUGUUUUAGGACAAUUUAUUACAUACAAUUAUGUCAACAGUUAGAGGCCUAUUAAAUUUUUUAAACAAGCCCGGCAGCAAAAAAGAAAACAAAAAGAACACAAAUCCAAGAACAUUAAUUAUACAAAAUGCCUAAGUGGAGAACUGAGCUGGGAGUCUUCGCAAGAGGAAACAGAAUCUUUAAUUACAAAAUAUGUUCAACAACUGGAUGUGUUAGUAGUGCAAUCUGCUGAUAUUUUCUUCAUCUCCCAGGUACCUCAAAUAGCCUGUCCUGGGUCAGAAUGUCUAAGAACAUGAAUUACAUGACCCUAUUGCAUUGUCACUAUUGAGCCAUAAUUAGCCAAUGGCAGAUCCAUGUUGAGUACUGUUUAUGCAGGACCAGGGGCUGCUGUCAUUGACAAGAAGUGCUCAGAUAGUCAAGGUGUCAUACACUGAUCUGGACUUCUCAGAGGGAGGGUCAACCUGGGCAAUAACCAAAUCAUGCAGGAGACUCAUGGUUAGACUACAUGAAGGGUCUGGCUAGGCAACAGAUGUGGCUGAGGGGGGAAUUCUGUUGGGGAGGGGGUUAUGUCAGAAGGGUCAUCCUAAAUUUGUUGGUUGGGGGAGUCAUUACCAGGGAAUUGGUAUUUACUAGACUGUUUUUCAGAAAUUAUAGGGGAGCAGGAACACACUACACAUAAAAGCUCCCAAUAGUAUUCUGGGUCUUGGUCCUUUCCUGUAUCCUCAGAUACUCUUGGAUGCUUUUUGUUAAGUACUCAAGUCGUCAUCCCCAUCCUUGAGAUGCCUCCUCUCUCAAAAGACUAUGCUUGCAUGAGGGCCAGCCAGUACACAGCUACACAACUGCAUUUCCACAUUACAGAUUGAACCCAAUCCAGGUCAGGAUAGAUACAGCUUCUUUUUUAACCACUUGCCCAGUCCACAAACCAGACAACACAAACUGGAAUAUUUGGAAUCAGGUCAGUUUAGGUCUAUAUUAGCUUACUCCUGGUUUACCUGUGCAGUAGAAUGAGGUGGUGGGAUGCCCCAUAUCACUUCAGACAGCAGGCAGAAUGCUCUCCUACUUAACAACAAAACAAAGCUCAGCUUCCUGGAAGCAGAAAAGCAGUACUUUAGGCAGAAAGCAUCCUGGCCUACCCAGUGUCUACUUGUAGAUAUUUCUCCCCUAAUAUUAGGCAGCAUUCAGAAAUCUAGUGCCCUGCCUUUAUGCCAAAGUGGCACAAUCUAUCACCUUUGGAGUCUUCCACCUCAUCCUGCUCCAUGUGUAUACUGAGCCUUAAUUAGUCUUCACUGCAGGGAAGAGGAGAACAGCUAUAGUCCUAUAAAAAAAUGGUAUAAUAACUAUGGGACUAUGCAAUCAUGACAAAAUUAAUAUUUUAUAUUACAUUUAUGGAGCAUACAGACAUGCCCUACUUUUCUUAAGAUGGAAUAAAUUUGUGGAUCUUUGUAGAACAUAUGGGCUAUUUCAAUGUGCAAAUUACGGAUUUUCAAUGUUUUAAAUGAGGAUGGAUCCUGUAUUAUUUUUAUUUGUAUGGUGUUUCUUUCCCUCUUUCUUGACCUUUUUUAAGAACUUUGUUGCAUAAAUAGAACCUGUUUGCAAACUACUACUACUACUACUACUACUACUAAUAUUUAUACCCCAGCCUCUUUGGGUGGCUUACAGCAUAUAUAAAAACAUAGUGAAACAUCAAACAUUAAAAAUUUGAUGAAACAGGAUUGCCUUCAGAUGCCUUCUAAAAGUUAUGUAGUUCUUUAUCUCCUUGACAUCCAAAGGGAGCGAGUUUCACAGGAAGGAUGCCACUACCAAGAAGGCCCUCUGCCUAGUUCCCUGUAACUUCACUUCUCGCAGUGAGGGAACCAGCAGAAGACCCUCAGAGAAGGACCUCAGUGCCCAGGCUGAAUGAUGGGGGUGGAGACGCUCCUUCAGGUAUAUUGAGCCGAGGCCAUAUUAAUCUAUGUAGCCUCAUUUAAGUCAAUUUAAGGGCAAAUUCUUAUUAGCCAGAAUUGCCCAGAAUAUCCCUAAACCAUUUCCCAGCUCAUGUGUAAAUGCACCCCCUUACCUAAGGAUAUUUCCAGCUAUUAGUUUUUGUGAGUCCUGGGAGUGCCAUGCUUCUCUUUAUCUAUCGGACCAUCCAUAGGCACUUUCCCUUAGUUCCACCAAUAAUGAGUAUGUAGAGCAUUGGGAACUGCCAUAGUUCUACAGGUCUGCAGAAAGCAUACUGGAAGUACUGGAAAAGGCUGUCUUAGCUUCCUUCCCUGCCCAGCAGCCCUGAGCACUCUGGAGAAGCCCUUAACCGUUGACAUACAGGCUGUUGUGCAUCGUCUGCUCUUCCAGUAGAUGCCAUUUUAUUCAUUGCUUUGUGUUUGGAUUGUUCUUUGGAUGUUAUUUCAUCCAUUCUUGCCAACAGUUCCACACAACAAGUUUUCUACAAACACUGGGAAGCUAUUAAGUGAGGAUCCAAAGCCAGGCUCGGAAAACAACGCCAAGCGCCAAUGUUUCAUCUCUCGGUGCACAUGGUAGACCAUGCCUGCCAAAGAGAAAGGAAAGAGCUGUGUUUGUAGGAAAGGAGAAAUGUAGAUUGAAAUGGGUCAGCAGAUUCUUUUAAAGAAGGAAGAAGAAAAGAGUGGAGGGACAAAAGAGAAAGAAAAAAGGGCAAGAAAGAGAAAAGGGGAAGGGGGAGGUUUUUGUUUGUGUUGUUGUAUCUGUUAUAAAUUUGGAAAAUUAAUAACAAAAUUUGAAAAAAGAAAAGAAAAGAAGAAUGGAAUCUGAACGGUGGAAGGGCAUCGGCAGCGGGAGGCCUCAUUAGGUAAAGCAUGCCUUGGUUUAAGAACGGUUUUGGUUUAAGAACAGACUUCCGGAACAGUUUAAGUUUGUAAACCAAGGUACUACUGUAAUGCAGUUGCAAUGCAAAUUUUAGCUGCUCACGGGGUGUUUUAUUGAGGGACAGGAGUCUCUGCCCCAUUAUAUCAGUGACCUACUCACAAUUCUUUAUGAACUUUUAAGAAAUGGAACCCCCCCCCACUUCUAUACCUGUGCAACCCACAUUCAUCAGACAUGGCGUCCUUUGCUUUGCAUGGCAGCUUGAGAAACUGAUGUACUGCCCAAGGGUAGGGUUUGUGUUCUGUGUCAUGUAAUUGGGAUGUCCUUUACAAAAGCAAAUGCCAAUGUUUGGGGAAUGCAACUCCUAGAUGACAACAAUUUAUUAAAGUUGCAUCCUUUCCAAGGCAUCUAUGUAUCCUUUGGGGUUUUGGGUCAUGUGUGAUUUUAGUCAGACUUAUGUCAUGCUUGCCUUUACUGGGGGUGGAUUCUCUGGUCUUGGUGGUGUAGGAUCAGAUGGUUCCCACUGAUCUGAUCCCCCUGGCCAAACCAAGCAGCCUGGGCUGGCUGACAGAGGAGUAAAGCUGUGACAUGUGCAGCAGUGGUGGUAGGGGAUGGAUGAUAUCUGCUACUAAUCCUGUCCUCCUGGCAUUAGGUAUGCAGCAUGAAAGCGAGUCUUGUGUGGUUGCCUUGACAACAGGCUCACUUGCCCUGCCUCCAUGCCACAAUUCUCAAGUGGCAGUGGAAAAGAGAACAUGUGCAAAAUAAUAUUGAGCAAAUUAGAACCUGGAAAAGGAGAUAACAUUUCUCAGCCUUUGGAAGAUUGAUUACAAUUUGGGAUCUUACUAUAUGGCAAGCAGUGACAAGAUGAUGCGUGUCUGAUUUCAGUGGAUUUCUAAGACUCUUCCCCUAGAGUCUCCUUCUGAUUCAAAUUCUAUGAGAACAUGAGAAACAUUAUAGUUUAUGACCCAUCAACCCAAAAGCACUCUACUAGUAUGUAGAGUGGCCUACCAGGAGCUGAAAUAUGCACAGUGGUACCUUGCUUCUCAAAUGGCUUAGUUGUCGAACAAAUCAGCUCCUGAACGCCACAAACCCUGAAGUAAGUCUUCCAGUUUGCAAAUGUUUUUUGGAAGCCGAAUGGACUCCCAGAAUGGAUUAAGCUCGAGAACCAAGGUACUACUGUAUCUUGUUUUGGUUGACUGGGGACUGCAACAAGCAGGAGGUACAUUAAGUUUCUGGCAGGUUACAAUGCAUUGCUGAGGAGCUGCGUGCAUCUUAGCAGGCCAAGAUAAUGCAGGAUUGUAUGAGAUAAAUGCUAGCAAAAUAUUAUGGCAGAAUCUGAGGUAUACUCGGAGUUGAGUGUUGAUUUCAUGUUCUUUAUUUCAGCUCAUGGUAAACAGUGAGUGAGUGCUUUCUCCCAAAACCUCUGGCUAUAUAUACAUUAUUUACACAAUGGGUCCCAUGUCCCAUGUGGUUGGCUGAUUCAUCUCCCCUCCUGGAGCCUGAUUGGACUGUUCCUGCAGGCCAAUCAGGUUGCUGAUUCACUUCCUCCUGGAGCUGGAUUGGGCUGUUCCUGCAGACCAAUCAGGUUGCUGCCUUCUAGGAUCUUACCUGCCUAUUGUUCUAGGAUCCAAGCUCAGUACAUAACAGUUUUCCUUAUUGCAGAAUGCAAA